AUGACAAAACCAGUUAUAACUUCUUUGUUAGAUACUGAUAUGUAUAAAAUAACUAUGCAUGCUGCAGUUUUUACAAAUUUUCCUGAAGCAAAAGUAACUUAUAAAUAUACAAAUAGAACCAGUCAAAUGUAUUUUAAUAAGGCCUCUAUUGAUUGGUUAUCCGAACAAUUUGACUUAUUAGGUAAACUGAAAUUUACUGCUGAAGAGAUUGAUUACUUAACAAAGGAAAUUUCAUUUUUGCCAAAGGCUUAUUUGAACUAUAUUUCAAGUGACGAAUUCCAAUUAAAACCUCAGGAACAAUUCAAUUUUAGCUAUGAAAAACUAGAAAAUGAAGAUGACAGAUAUAAUUUAAUCUUAACUAUUCAUGGUUUGUGGAAAGAUACAAUUUUAUAUGAAAUUCCAGUAUUGGCAUUAGUAUCUGAAGCAUAUUUUAAAUUCGUAGAUACUGACUGGGAUUGUGAAGGUCAAAUCGAAAAAGCUCAGAAGAAAGCUGAGCUUUUGCUUUCUAAUGGUUUAAUAUUUAGUGAGUUUGGUACAAGACGUCGUAGAUCUUUCGAAGCUCAAGAUAUGGUUAUGAAAGGGCUAAUUAAUGCAGUAAAUGAAAAUCCUCAGAAAUAUAAAAAGUUAUUUGUUGGAUCUUCCAAUAUAUUAUUCUCCAAGACAUACAAUGUUAAACCAAUUGGUACAGUGGCUCAUGAAUGGAUUAUGGGUAUUGCCUCCAUUACUAACGAUUAUAUUAAUGCUAAUAAAAACUCAAUGGAUUAUUGGAUCAAGACAUUUGGGAAAGAUAAUGCUGGACUCGCGUUGAGUGAUACUUUUGGUACAGACAAUUUUUUGAAAGCAUUUAAACCACCAUACUCAGAUGCUUAUGCCGGUAUUAGACAAGAUUCUGGAGAUCCAGCUGAAUAUACUAAAAAAGUUGCAAACCAUUACAUAAAUGUGUUAAAAAUGCCAAAAUUUACUAAAAGUAUCUGUUACUCGGAUUCAUUAAAUGUUGAGAAAGCUAUUAAAUAUGCUCAAGUUGCUAAAGAAUGUGGUAUGAAUUGCAAUUUCGGUAUUGGUACCUACUUAACAAAUGAUUUUCAAAAAAAAUCUAACUCUACUAUUAAGAGUGAGCCUUUAAAUAUUGUCAUUAAAUUAUUAGAUGUUAAUGGUAAUCCAGCUAUUAAAAUAUCUGAUAAUCUAGGUAAAAAUAUGGGUGAUCCAGAAACAGUACAAAAAGUCAAAGAAGAAUUAGGUUAUGUGGAACGUUCUUGGACUGGUGAUAAUGAGGCUCAUAGAUGGGCUGCUUAA